GGAAAAGGGGAGGAGUAGGCAGUGAAUAAUUCACCCACUGUGAGAGCUGGGCUUCUAUUUAAUGGGGGGUCUCUCUGGCCAGGAGUCAGAGGCGCCUCCGCACCAGCAGGAGGAGCAUGGCAGAGGAUCUGGGGCUGGGCUUUGGGGAAACAGCCAGCAUGGAAAUGCUGCCCGAGGACGGCGGCUGCAGGCCCAAGGCCAGGAGCAGCAUGCGCUGGGCUCUCACCUGCUUCCUGGUGUCGCUCCCCUUCCUGGCAGGGCUCACCACCUACCUGCUCGUCAGCCAGCUCCGGGCCCACGGAGAGGCCUGUGUACAGCUGCAGACUCUAAAAGAACAAGAGUUUGGACCCUCACACCAGCGAGCUUACACACCUCUCAGAGAUGAUGGAGCUAAGCCAAGGGCACACCUUACAGUUGUGAGACAAACUCCCACGCCGCACUUAAAAAAUCAGUUCCCAGCUCUGCACUGGGAGCAUGAACUAGGCCUGGCCUUCACCAAGAACCGGAUGAACUACACCAACAAAUUCCUGGUGAUCCCGGAGUCGGGAGACUACUUUGUCUACUCCCAGGUCACAUUCCGAGGGACAACCUCAGAGUGUGGGGAAAUCAGCCAAGGGAACCGACUGAACAAGCCGGACUCCAUCACUGUGCUCAUCACCAAGGUAACAGACAGCUACCCUGAGCCCACCCAGCUCCUAAUGGGGACGAAGUCUGUGUGCGAAGUAGGCAGCAACUGGUUCCAGCCCAUCUACCUAGCAGCCAUGUUCUCCUUGCAAGAAGGGGACAAGCUGAUGGUGAACGUCAGUGACAUCUCUUUGGUGGAUUACACAAAAGAAGAUAAAACCUUCUUUGGAGCCUUCUUGCUAUAGGGCAAAGCAGACAUCAUUAUGUGAUGGUCCUCUGCUACCUCGCUCCUAAGUUUCUUCGGUCAUACGUAAUCAUAAUCAGGGAUUUUCUUGGGGCCAGGGUUAGGAGGCACUCCACAGAGAUAGUGGUUUAGCUAUGAAAUUUAAGGCCCAAAAGUUCACACUUGAUAUGCCUUACUGAUGAGAAUACUAAUUGGAAAAUGCUAAAGCAAACAGACAUAUUACCGUGGUUGCUUAGAGGAUUGGUGAGUUUCUAAAUAUUAAAAUACUGACCACCAAAUGAAUGGAUGGAUGGUCUACUUGGGUCAGGAUUUAAAGAAGGACGUAUCUCCACACCUCCCUGCUACACAUUUGUCACCAAUGGCCCAGUUAUUGUUCAAUUUGAUCAUAAAUUUGCUUCAGUCAGGAGCUUUGAAGAAAGUCCAAGAAAGUUCUAGAAAACAGUGUAAAACCUUCAGAGGCAAAAUCCUUUAUUAGUUUCUCCACAUACGUUCAUGCCUUGACUAAAAAUAAUGAAAAGAGAGUUGGUAUUUCUCAUAAAUGUUCUCAAAAAAGGAAUUGGUUUUCGUACCAUCUACAGCAUAUGAGAAAAGCAAACUUUCCUUUGAUUAUGCACACAGAUAUCAAAAUAAGCAAGUAGGAGUUUCACAUGCAUAGCAAAAAUACGACAAUUGCAUUUAGUAGAGUUUUCUUGAGUACCUAUUAGAUUCCUGGACACUACCUUAACCCAGAAGACACUAUGAAGAACAACACAGACUCUACUCGAAAUGUAAAUAAAUACCACUCGAUGCU